AUGGUAAUGCUAAACUUUCGGUUUGUGGAUCUUCUUUUUACGGUGAUCACCCUUGGGACGUUUCUGUUUUUAUACCUACAAUAUAAGCGUACCUAUUGGCAAAGAAGAGGUGUACCUACUUUAUCUAGCCAUUGGCUGUUUGGUAAUGCAAAAGAUAUAAUACAAUCGAAAAAGUCUCCCGGCUUGGUGAUUGGUGAAUUACACCAGAAAGCUUCUAAUAACGAUGAUAUUCUUGGAAUUUAUAUUCUACACAAGCCAUUCUUACUAUUGAGAAAUGCAGAAUUGAUCAAACAGAUUUUAAUCAAAGAUUUCAAUUACUUUCCGGAUCGUUAUUUCACGGCCCAAUCGAUUCGUGAUAAAAUUGGUAGCUCUAAUCUCUUCACGAUCCACAAUCCAGAAUGGAGAUACUUGAGAAGCAAAAUAUCACCAGUGUUCAGCAGCGGAAAAAUGAAGAAAGUCUUCAAUUUGAUCGUCGAAACUGCCGAUUCGAUGAACACAUAUUUAGAACAACAAUUUACAAACGAUGUGAAGACAAGAAGUAUAGAAAUGAAAGAUGUUGCUCUGAGGUACACGACUGAUAUUAUAUCUUCCGUUGCUUUUGGAAUUCAAGUAAAUUCGUUCGAUCCCAAAACGAUGCAAUUCUUUCAAAAAGCUCAAAAAGGACUUCAAUUGACAGUUUUCCGUAUGAUUCAAAUUGGCUUUAUGUUUUUCUUCCCCAAAUUUGCACAAUUGAUCGCUGGUAAAAUGUUAGGAUCGUCUACAGAUUAUUUUCGUAAAGUAUUUUGGAAUUCCAUGGACAACAGAGAAAUGACCAAAGUUAAACGAGGAGACUUGAUCGAUUCUUUAAUAGAUUUAAAAAAUGAAAAACAGGAAAACGAUUUUAAAUUUGAGGGCGAUGUGUUGGUGAGUCAAGCAGGCAUCUUCUUUAUUGCUGGUCGUGAAUCAAGUGUAACAACGAUAUGUUAUACUCUUUACGAACUUGCUAAACAACCCGAGAUUCAGAAGCGAGCUCGAGAAGAAAUUCAUGAGAAAUUGAAGGAGCAUGGAUGGACUUAUGAUGCCUUCCAAAAUAUGAAAUAUCUUAAUCAAAUUAUAUCGGAAACUCUACGACUUUAUCCUCCAGCUCCGCUUAUUGAUCGAGUUUGCGUAGAGGAUUACAAGAUUCCAGGAACUAAGGUUGUUAUAGAAAAAGGAACACCUGUCUAUGUGGCUUUAUGUGGUCUUCAUCAAGACCCAAGGUAUUAUCCAGAUCCUCUGCGUUAUGAUCCUGACAGAUUUAGUGACGAAAAUAAAGAAAAUAUUAAGCAAUGUACAUACAUGCCUUUUGGCGAUGGACCAAGAAUUUGCGUCGGACAAAGACUCGGCUUAUUGCAAACUGGUAUGGGUUUGGUUUCAAUACUUAAAAAUUAUGAAGUUUCACUAGAUCCUACAUAUAAGGGUGGAGUUGAUGUCUCAAGCGUUUUUUUGACAGUACCAGAAGGAUUUAGAUUAAAUUUGACAAAACUAUAA